AGAGAGAGAGAGAGAGAGAGAGAGAGAGAGAGAGAGAGGUGGCUUGUGCUGUUGUGCAAAGUAUUUUUAAGUUUCUACAUACUGCAGCUGCCUCCAUUACACAACCCUUAAGAAGACGGUUGAACGGAAAAGUGCAUAUAUGCACCAUAGGUCCAUAUAUAGCUAACUCCAUUAAGAGGAAAGAAGAAAGAAGAACAUCAAGCUUAACUAGUUAGUCUUCGAAAGAAUAAUAUGGAAGGAGAUCAAAGAGGGGUUCCGAAUUACGAGGUUCAGAUUUCGUUUUCGAGCACCCCACAACAAGCGAUCCACGAAAUGGGGUUUGUGCAGUUCGAAGAUCAGCAUCAUCAUAAUCAGGUUUUGAGCUUCUUGGCACCCUCAUCAUCACCUGUACAAGUACAACAACAGCUGAACCCUAAUAAUUCUCACCAUCAUCAUCAGCCUGCUGCUCUCAGCACCUCCUCCUCCGCCACCGCCACUGCCACCAGCAACGCCGCCACCAUGGGGUUUAGUACAAGACCUUCUUGGAAUAAUAAUAACGAGCAGGUGGGAACGUUGGAUCCAAAGGGUGUUAGUGAUGAAAAUGGGACUGGUAAUGCUAGUGAUUGCAGCAACUCAUGGUGGAGGAGUUCAAGCUCAGAGAAAAGCAAGAUGAAGGUGAGGAGAAAGCUUAGAGAGCCAAGAUUUUGUUUCCAAACCAGAAGUGACGUGGAUGUGCUUGAUGAUGGUUACAAAUGGAGGAAAUAUGGUCAAAAAGUUGUCAAGAACAGCCUUCAUCCAAGCUACUACAGGUGUACUCACAAUAACUGUCGGGUGAAGAAGAGGGUUGAACGUCUGUCAGAAGACUGUAGAAUGGUGAUAACAACCUACGAAGGUAGACACAACCACUCCCCUUGUGAUGACUCUACCUCCUCUGAACAUGAAUGCUUUAGCUCUUUCUAGCCAAUUUAUAUAUAAAAAAUUCUAUGGUACUGAGGAGUUUUUAUAUAUAUGUACGUAGCUCAUCACGAACUACAGAACAAACUUAGUAUACACGUACUAUUGUUUGUAAUGAUUUAGUUGCAUGUUAGUGUAUGAUUAGUUAGUUCUGUCAAGUAUUUUAUGAGAUUGUCAAGUAUUUUAUGAGAUUGAUCAUUUUGAAGGUCAGCUAAAUUAUUUAAUAUCUAUAUGAAGUAGUUUUACUAUA